CGUGAGUGUACUGCCUCUCAUGUGGGGGCUCUGGGCAGAAAUGCAAGAGCAGCCACUGCCUGGCCACCGCUAGAAAGGACGACUUUGGAAUACAAUGGGAGAUACGCGGGUAAUAUUUGAACUACAUGUCAUGGUUGCGGAAGCCGCCUUUCCCAGCUGCUGAAAGUCCCAACACGUCCGCGCAUUCGCCGAUCUCCAACAUAAAUGGUCCGAGGAUUUCAAAUAAGUGGAGGGCGCCAACUGAUUCAGGAUCACUUUCUUCGUUGCGUGACCUCAACGAAGAUAGGGGUAUUCUGCGAUUCGUACCUCCCCCACUCUUGGGUCUGAUAGAUCGCUCACACCGCGGAGCCACCCUAACGUUCACACCACUAAUCAAUUCGUAAUCAGUAUCAGAUCAAGAUGUCCCUCGAUUCCAACCCUGAAACGGAGCUGAAUCAAGUCGCGUUUGGAGAUAAGGCUGCUGUGUGGCUCGUUCCGUCCGGCGUUGCAUCGUUGGAUACUCAAGAUGGAACUGGGUUGUUUUCUGCCCUGUCGCACUUUAAGAGCCAAAGUGAGGCCCGUGGACUCAUUGGCUUAUUACUCGCGAAGAUUGUUCCCCCUCUUUCAAACGAGCCUUCCCAGACAGCUGCUUGGGUUGCAGUCUGUUACAACGAAGAAACGACAACUCAAGACGUGGAUGCGGUGCUAGAGAGGGCCAGCAGCGAUAGAUUGUACAAUUUCAAUUUAGUCAGUAUGCCCGCAGAGCGCGCGGCACGCGUCUGCACCUUUGAUGGACUACCCAAUCAGUGGAAAACUUCCAAUGUUUCUGGAAUUUUUUUUGCACAAACGCCGAGCCGAAGGCGCAUCCCCAUCCAAUUUACGAGCUUGCGUACUGUUGGUGAACUGAAAGACGCGAUUCAAGACAAGGAAGGGAUUCUGCCUGUCCAUUACAAGAUCAUAUUUAAAGGAGAACAGCUGGGAGAUGCGAGACGUCUGGCUGAUUAUAGGAUCUUCCCGGGUGAUUAUGUGCUCCUGGUCCCGCGAUUGCCUUCAACCCAUGUUUUUUUUGUGAAACCGCCCACUAGGAAGUACAUCACCAUCCAAUUUACCGACUUGUGUACUGUUGAACAACUGAAAGAUGUGAUUCAAGACAAAGAAGGAAUCCCUCCUGACCAACAAAGGCUCAUGUUUAAAGGAGUUCAACUGGAAGACGCAGGAUGUCUAGGUGAUUAUAUGAUCGGACCAGAUGAUACUGUGCACCUGCUCCCGCGAUUGCGCGGAGGAUCAGAUGGUAUGAAAUUUGUCUCCGUUGAAAAUGGGAGUUUAACCCGUGGUUUUAAUGCAUCUGCACCUAGUUGGCGGGCUGUUGAUUCUGGACUUAACUUGAUGGGAAGAUGUCAAAACAGUCAAUGUGCAGCACACAAUCGGGUUAUAUGGGUUCCAAAGGGGAUUGGCAUUUUCAAGCUCCAUACUCUUCAGCAGAGCCAGACAGGUGACAAACGCAUCCUAGACAAGUGUCCUCGAUGUAACUCGAGCGCCGAAAUGAUCGGGAUGGGCUUCAUGGAGUGUGUUUGGACUGCCUGGGGUGGGAAAAUUUCGCCGACAGGAUCGAUCGACUUUUUUAGAAAGCAGGAUCAAAUAGUCAGGCCGGAGGACAAAUUUCAGCUCUUCGCUCCCCAGAAGUCAGGGGAAGAAACCUACAGCACCUUGACCAUCAGGGCAGACGAUCUGUCUGAUGAUGCAGUCUGCAUUCGGCGGAUCGAAGACUCGACGAUCAAGGGCUUCACAGUGAGCUCCGCGAUCUCACUGUGCGACGAUUAUCAGACUGGGUGCGAUCUUAGUCGGUUAACUAAAGACCCAAGCGCUUGAGAGAACUUAUUUCCGAAUGAAGUGCGGAAUGUCACGCUCCAGCAGUCUAGUUUACAGGGUGGAGGGAAGGUUGAAGGACAUUACUUGGCGUGUGGUAGAAGGGACAUAUGGAGGUAGCAGAGGAAGAGAAAGAGUAGUUGGGUUGGGGAUGAUGAAGUGAUUUGAUCCCACAUUCCUUCAGGCCAGCCUCAUAUAUGCGGACUAUAAUAUACUCGCUUUCUCCCGCC